ACCGCUCAUUUCCUGCCUGGGCGAUGGCAGGCGGCCGGGCAGCGCUUUCCCUUCCUCAGCCAAUUGCAUCUUCAAUCCGUAUCGGAGGAUCGCGGGGUGUGAGGCGUGGGAGAGCCCGGGCCGGUGCGGCAGGCGCCGGGGGGGAGCCGGAGCAGGAGCGGGAGGAAGAGCAGGGAAAGGAGCGAGGAAGCGGCCUGGGGCGGGCAGCCCCCCGGGUCGGGCCGCACUGGCCGGCCCAGCCGCUUAAAUGCAAGCCCUGGGGCACCGGCUUCUGUCUGAUGAGACCGCUCCAGGGCUGCCGGGGACGGGGCAUCGUCGUGGGGACCGUCACCCUCUGCCUGGCGGCCGGGUGGGCUCUGCAGACUCCUGGAGGGGUAUCGUUAGUUGUCCCACACCCCAACAUCAACGCAACAGUGGCACAGAACAUCCUCCUCUCAGUUGAAUACACUUGCAGAGGUGCUGCCACCAUUGAGUGGAAGCACGUGUCAACCUGGGGCACCACCACAAUUGUUGAGUGGAAAAGUGGGAAUUAUGUCAACAUAUCCACAGCCUACAAGGACAGAGUGACGACUUUUGAAAACGGCUCUAUACAGCUCCUGAAUGUGGGCAUGAGAGAUGCUGGCUACUAUUUUAUCACUGUAACAGAGGAGCAUGGAACCAACACCUACGGCACCAUCAUAGUCAACGUUUACGAGAUUAUCUAUGAAGAUUUACAUUUUGUAGCAGUUCUUGCAUUUCUUGCUGCUGUAUCUGCCAUUUUGGUCUGCUUCAUGUGGCUGUGUAAUAAAUCUCUGCAUCUAUUUCAGAAGAAGAUGACACACAAACUAACAGCAAGUACAACUGAAGAGAUUGAAUUGGAAACCAUUGAGUGUUAGCCAAGGACUGUCUCAUAGCAAAAAUAACAAUUCUACCUCAGGAAAAAGCACUGGCAAAGAAAGGGAGAAGAAAACCUUAAAGGUAACAUGCUUGUGGCUGCUGUGGAAAUAUCCUGACUUGCAGACUCAUUAGACUUUAAACCAGCAGUGUCUGAUGGAGCUGUUUUGACCUGUUGGGUUUUCAGCUCUGCUAACCAAGGUCAAAGUAAGGAAGAGUAUGCUUUCAUUCUGAGCACAAACACAUUUUUGUGGCUCAUUAAUAAAAUCUACAGCCUCUACCACUCUUAAAACAAACCAACUAAGCCUCCAAGAGCAACCCAGAAAGGAAAUGAUCAUGGUCUUGAAAGACACCUGUAUUUUGGCUACAGCAGGUCUCGUAUUACAGACAGAGCAGCCACUAGCAUCCCUCAACAUAAUACAUUUAAUGUUUAAUUACAGUAUCAUAUUAAAAA